AAGGAACUGUGAAUGUGGAAGUGCAUGAAUAAGACCUUACUAAUUGGCAUUUUUCUCAUAUUCUGCUGUUUGAAACACUUUGAUAUUGUACGAUAAUAUAAAAAAAGUGUUAAAAAGUUCGCUAUCCUCUUGUGAGACUUUAAAAAGGAAUUCUUGUAAUGAAUCAACAUGCAGGACGAUGUCAAGAUCUGAGUCCCUGGCUGGGCCAAAUACAGACCUGAUAGGCUAGUUCACCUCUUGGUUGGAAGUUGUGUGCAGUCCAGUCGCAGCUUACAUGUCAUGUAUUAGGCCCACGCCUGUUUGUUUUAUUACGUUCUUGAAAUCAUUGUAGAAAUCAGUCUAUGAUGGCAGAGACACAGACAAGGCCCAUGCGUGUAGUUCCUUCCGGGAAGAUUUAUCGACAAAUUUUUGACGCCGAGGUCCAACUUGUCAAUACCUUGGAGAAGACAAAACAAAAUGUCACACCAAGUGAUUUAAACUUGAAGACGGCUUCAAUACCACUGGUUCAGGAAGGUCGGAGCUCUAUGGGAGAAAGCUUGUUGACCAACCGACAGAUUGAGUGGAUAGAGAGCAUGCCCAAUGACUACAAAACUGAAAAUCCGGUUUUGUUCAAGAAAACAAAAGAAGAAGAAAUUGCAGCGGCCACAGAGCCAGCGUCCGUGGUAGCAGCCAGAGAAGUCAGGGGCUUGGCAGAUCGUGUUGAGGCGGAGAAGACUGGUUCAGAUAUUAUUGAAAGGAUAGCAGAGAGCCGACGUUUGAGGCAUGAGGCAGCCGUCGAAGAUCUUCACCAAGAUCUGACGGUCAUUUCUAAUGACCUGGAACCCAAGAUCGCUGAUGCCGGGGAUGUGCUCAUUGGCAAACUGCAGGAGAAUGACAAAGAAAUCGAAAAGAUGUUGACAAGAAUUGCACAGGAUGAUGAUCUGAGGGACUACAGCCUUCGAGAGCUCAAUGAGUUAUGGAAUCUGAUUGGCAGUCAGUCCAUCAGUCGGAGGCAGUGGAUAGCAGACCUGGACAACACACUGGAUGGAUUUGAGACUCAGAGACUCAACAGGAUCCAAGAAGUCCUGAAGUCCUAUGCCAAGAACAUGGAGAAGAUUGCGUACGUGAUGCCACCGGAUGUGCAGCGCCUGAUCAGCAAGGAAGCGCAGGUCAUCAACCAGACCAUACUCAACAACAGGCGGGCCUAUGCGGAUCUGUUUACGCGGCUGAUGAAGACGGACGUGGAGAGGGACAAGAACCACCACCGCAUCUGGGAGACCCGGGUGACUGACUGGAAGCAGCUGAACACCGACGUAGCGGUCGAUAAGUUCACAUUGUUUAUGCAAAGCGAAGAGGUGAAAAGUCCCUGCCGGAUUGGCUUUCUACUUGAGGAGCUGAAGGCAGAACAGAAGAUCUUCAACAGCAAGAGGUUGGACCUUCUGGAAGCACUCAGGGAAAUGAAGCCACCGGGGUCCACUAAGACUGCCGUCUACGAGUGGAACAAGCAGCUAGCCACUGCCAACCAACAGUUGGAACAGCUGCACAUUAAGUACCUGGGCAAACUACACAAAGAAUAUGAGAGAGUCUGUCAGGAUUGCCUUGACCAAGUGGACAAAUAUAGGGAGGAGCUCCUUGAGGCAGGGGUGUGCACCGAGGAGAAGGUACAAGAGGUUAUUGAGGAGCACUUCCUACCACAGGUGGGCAACCAGCAGAGGAUCUUUGAGAACACCCUGGAAACUAUCGAUAAAUCUCUGGAGCAGCUUGCCGAGAAGCACAGCGAGCAGUUGCGCUCGCUCUUCAAGUUUACCCAGGGAGCGGCCCACCUGUGGGACGUGCACGAGGUGGGUCUGGCCAAGAAGGAGCGUGCGUUGCAGGAGCGACUGGAAGAUUGCAGGCACGAGCAUGACAACCAGAACCAGGAUAUGGAAGCCAACCUCGAUAUCAUCAUUGACAGGCUGAGACAAGAGAGCAGCGAAGAAACAUUGAAGGACCGCCUGCAGAAAGCAUUGCUCAUGCUGGACAAGAUCAAAGCAAGCUAUGAACAGUUCCACAAGGAUCAGAUGCGGCUUGUGAAGGAUUAUCCAGACAUGGUCAAGGAAGAGCUGCAAAGAUACGACUUGUCAGUUUGCACGUUCUUUGAAGUGGACAGGAUGCAUCCCACGGAACGCCAACACCUGAUUGAGCAGGAGCUGAGCGAGGAGGCCAAAUCGCGGGGUAAGAAAGCCUCUAAGAAGAAGACGCAGCGCAGCACCACGCCGGCAACAGAACUCGCUGCUCCUCCAGACAGCAGGGUAUCCUCCUCAAGGUCCAUGACUAGCAGCAUGAGUCAGGCCAAGAUGAAAUGGAAGAAGGCAUUCCAUAAGCGGAGUUUGCCCGGGGAGUCCGCCGUCAGUCAGAGCCCAGUGCCUAUGGCCGUCAAGGAGGUCCUGUCCACAAAUGCCGGCACCACUUUCUAUGUGCUGACCGUCGCUGGGGAGCAUGGGAUAUCCGAGGAGGAUGCUCGGAAGGAUCAAGACGGGGCUGCCGCCUUCAUGACAGAGAGCGAGAUACCAGAGCGGGAGGCGGUAGCAGCUUACACCGAGAACGUCAUGAUCCCCGAGGAGCUGUUCCGAGAGCUGCGGAAAGUAAUGCGGCUGGAGUUUCUGAACCAUCUUGAGAUGUGGUCUGUGGAGGCUGUGGAAAGAGCCAAUAGCGUUGUUGCAGCCAAAAUUGAGGAGCUGAACAGCGAGCUAGAUUUACGCCUUCACCUGCACGGGCCCCGGGCCAAGCGCGCUGAACUGGACAUCCACCAUGUUCGCGCUGCCGAGCUGGUCCUGCACCAGGAGCGUGUCUCACGCCAUUCCAAGGGCAUCAAUGGUGCCCUGAAUGACGUGAAGGCGCGCUUUGCCGAGAUGCAGCAUGAGCACAACCGGCUGGCCGACAAGUUCCGGGAGGAGAUCGAUGCCCUGGAGGAGGUGUUUGUCAACGCCAGCAAAUCAGCUACUCUUGUAGCCUUAUCGCACCAGGUCAGCACCAAGGUAGAAACCCAUAUGGAUGUGAUCCGUGCCUCGCUGCGACAGUUCCGCCAGUACCUGGACGACACGCUGCAGAUGCUGAGGGAGUCGAAUGCCAGAUUCAUUAAGUCAUUCAAAUAUAGGUUCAAGCACCACCUGUUUGACCUGACAUUCAUUGAGAAGCUGACCCGCUGGCUGACCAACACCCAGGUCAAGAUCAAGGCGGAGGUAGCUGAGAGCAACGCCCAAGCCCAGGCCCUCAUGCACCACCUUAACGUGCUGGAGAGACGGGUGGAUGCCUGCGAGAAGCCCAACCUGGACAAAGAGCAAAUCACGCCCACUCAGCUACUGGACAGCCUCAAGGCCAUCUUCCAGGCCUUUGAUGACCGAAGCAGGUACAUCAACUGUCUUCGGCACCUGUCCGUCACCCUGGACUCCCCCACCAAGAAAGCCGGCCUGCCUGCCCAGAGUGCCAAGGUGGCCUUCAGCGGAGACGAUAAGCCCCCAGCACAGCAGCAGAUAGGUCAAGGAUCAGUGGUCCCGAUGACCACCGUUACCCUGACAACGCUGAAGACUGCCAAACCCCAGGUUGAAGAUUCAGCAGUGUCUCUCAUUAAGAACAUACUGACGUCGCAGAAGAUGAAAGUGAAACUGAGUGGGGAGGGUGAUACUUCCGCCGAUGCACCCCUCACUCCAGGGAUGAUCAGACCCCCGGGCACACAGUCCACCAUACAGACUGAGGACGCUAAGGCCAGGUGUCUGGGUAGGGGCCUGCCAGUCAAGACCCUGCAAGACAAGGACAGGCUGAAGCCAACAAGGAAAGGCAUGACGCAGGGCAUGGACAGCAGUAACCCAAGGAGGAGCGCCUCAGGGAUCCAGCGUAACAAACACAGCCACCUCAAGUUUGACCCCAAGUAUUACGUCUUUGGAGAUAAACCAGAACGAGAAACGCACUUCCUGGCCCAGAUAAGACGAAUCCUGCAGGAUGCACUGGAAGGGCUGCUGACGACCGCAGACCUUUACUACCGCCAGAAGGGAUUAAGGCCGCCGACCAGACCGCGAGCAAUACAUGAGACCUUUGAGCUAUGUGCCGACGUAGUGGUUUCCAAGUUACAAUCCUACUUCAUCCAGGCUGAGGAGUACCACAAUCAGUGCCUGCAAGAAUUCCGGGAGCAGCUAGAGCGCCUGGAGAUCUUCAACGGCCGGGUCCCCCCGCUGGUGAUCCGAGAGAUUCUGGGCAAACACCUGAAGGUACUGGAGAUGUCUCUGCAUAAGGUGUCUGAGGGAUUCAAAGGGAACAUGGCUCGAUGGGACAAGGAGAGGGCCCAGCAUAAGACUUUACUACGUCCCACCCUGGGCCACCCACACAAUCGCAACCAGCUGCAAUCACUGUGUGAGAACGAAGACACCAGGAAGAAAGAUUACACCAGUGGUGUGGAAGAUAAUACACACAAGUUAAAGGACUCGGCCAAGUCUCUGGGGUCAGACUUUGCCCUGGAGCUCGCUAGCACAUCAGAGAGGCUGUUGCUGAUGUUUGACUCCCUCCUGACUGUUGACGAGGUCGAAGUGGGACGUGUUGAUCCUAAACGUCUCAAGACAAGUGCCCUGAUUCGCCGUAAGAAAGCUGGCCUACCAUUGGAGGACAACGAGUACGUGCCCCUCAUCAAGCGCGGCAGCCGCCAGUGGCCGGGGAUACCGACCGACCAGUUGACCGACAAGCAGCGGCCGACCAAACCACAGCUGUCGGCCGCAGUGACCACAGGAAAGACCACGCUAGCCCAUCAGGCCUUGGUGGACGCAAGAGAUGAGGUCUUUCAGGAAUACCUCACGGCAUUUGACAAAAACUUGGCCGACAUUGACCGUCAACGAGAGGAACAACUGACGGCCGAGAGACGAUGGUCUGAGAGCUGGCAAAGGUCUGUGCAGAAAGUUAAAGACUUGUAUUGAACAGUCACUGAGGGGUAUGUUGAAUCCCAUACAUCUACACACAGUCAAUCCAUUGUUCCAACGGUCAGUGGUUGGACUCCAGCCACAGUGUACAGCCUUGUUUAGGUAGAAAGGAACAUUUAUAAACACUUACGGGAAGCUGUUUAAGGCCCGAGGAGGAGGGUGCACUUUUAUUCAGUUACACAAAUACAGUAUGGUUUGAGGAGAAGUAGUGGGAAUCACUGGUCCCGAGGUGUAAUCAGCUUGACUACCACCAAGGGACCAGGUCAGCUUGACUACCACCAAGGGACCAGUAAUUCCCACUAUUUUCCCAAAAUAAACCAUGCUGUAUUUGUUUUACUACAUUUCAUAAAUAUUCAAAACAGAAA